AUGACGGCUACUGCCGCUUCCAGAUACCAAGUAGGUUCUUCUUCGCUAGUUAACAGAACGACUAGCCAGGACUUACUUGACGACCCAGACAGGCUCGUAUCUUUUGGAGUACUAGACGAGGAGAGCCGGGACGCAAGGAAGCUCGUGACAACCGUGAACUUGCGAAAGUACGGUUUUAUCAGCAACAAAGCAUCUUUAGAACCCUUGGAAGAAACUAUACCCCCGAAGGAAUCCGAGCAGCCCCGACGAGCACCGUUUGUCUUCCCUCGAUCGAGGAGGGAGAGAGCGGCCGAAGCUGCUCGUCCCAUUCCUGCACAACUAGUGCGAACUGCCGCACCUUCACAGCCCCCUGUGCAUGAAGCGACCAGGGCAGAACAGGUCGUUCAGGCACCACCGGCAUGCCCAAGGCAUAAGGCUCCGGCCCAAAGGUCGAAGAAGAGGAAACAGGUUCAGGCCGAAGAGUCUGAGACCGAAUCCGAGGAGGAGCCCUUGAGGUCGCGAAGGGACUCAAGGAGGUCGGGCAAGGAACCUGCAAGCGAGGCGAUCACCUCCGACAAGGCGAAGGACAUACCAGUGCUGGACUCGCUGGGGAGCCUGCCUGAGUACCUGCAGCCGAUAGCUCUACUUGCGAUGAGGAUGUCUAUGGAGAAGACUCGGCUGGGAGCCGCGAAGGGGUCCAGCGACCUACAGGAGGAGGUCGCGAAGCUCAAGAAAAGCCUGGAGUCCGCCGAAGCUGAAAGAACACAAGCAUUCGAUGCGGCGAACAGGUAUUUGAGCCAAAAGGAUGCUGCUUUACGAACGAUGGACCUCCAAAAGUCGAAGCUUGAGCGACGUGCGGAGGAAGUGAAGGAACUUCAAAGGACGACCGCCAGGCUCUCCAAGGAGGUCAGAGAGAAAGACCAGGAGAUCCAGACGACCUCCAUAUGGGCCCAGCAAGCUGAACAGGAAAUGGAGGCCUCCGAACAGGAGAAGCGAGCUCUUGAGGCUGAACUCCAGGAGAGUCGUGAAAGGAUCGCUUUACUGACUGAAGAAAUGCGGAAUCAGUCAGAGGAGCUGGAGGAAAAGGCCGCCGACUAG